AGUGUGUUUCCUGAAAGAAAAUAGCCUACAGUAGACCUUCAGGUGUCAUACAGUGACGAGACCACGCUUUAUAGCCUGUAUGGCACUGAAGGAGUUACAAUGAGCUGGGUAAUAUGAAACAGACUGUCAAUGGGUUGGGCUUGGAGUUGCUGGUUGGGUUGACUCUCGCCCUUCGUACAUGACCAGUUUUACAGGUUUAUUAAACAGGUUCACUGUGCACUGAUUACAUUGCAAACUCGGGUGUGGCUUUUAUAUUUGAUCAGUAAAAAAGGUGUACACAGACCCAGACGCUAUCUGGACGCUCGACCGCUUCUAUCCGCACUGUCUUUUCUUGUUUGUCGAAUAUGUUUCGCUGUGGAAUUGCGUAUCCAAGAUGCAGGUGGAUCGUACCACUUCUUUUGCUUUUUGCGAUUAUAUUUGAUAUUAUUGCCAUUGCUGCUAACUCGGGAUGGGUUGAGGACGAGGGUGCAAAGUCCCACUACGCAAGUAUGUGGAGCCAUUGUCGAGGGCGGAAUGACAACUGGGACUGCAAAUCUCUCAUGGAAUUCUCUUGGGCCCAGGCUGUGGCAGCUCUUAUGAUCAUCGGCCUCAUCAUCCUCAUCAUCGCUUUCAUCAUCUCCUGUAUCGCCCUCUGCUGUACCCUCAACAUCAGCCUGCUGCCCGUCAUUGGGGCCUUGCUCUUCAUCACUGUGGUCAUUCAGUUCAUCGCCCUCAUCAUAUACCCAGUCAAGUUCAAUGACCUGAUCUUCGAGGGCCACUAUGACUACACCUGGGCCUAUGGCUUCGGCUGGGGGGCCACCAUCCUCACCAUCGGCUGUGGGAUCCUCUUCUGCUGCCUGCCUCGCUACGAGGACGAGCUCACAGGCCUCGCCAAGACCAAAUACAUCUAUACAUCAGCUUAGAGGAACCACAGACACCCCCAGGCUACAUCUCAAUAGUCUGAAAAGGCUAUCCCUUCUCCUCAUCUCCUUCCCUUCAUCUGCACUGAUGAAAACACAGGAUAAGUGUAAGCAAAAUAGUGGACACCUGCCAGGUUCUUUCACAUCAGUGCAGAUGAAGGAGAGGAGAUGAGGAGAGGAAGCCCACUUUAGACUAUUGAGAUGCAUCCCCAGGACAGAAGCACCUCUGCCACCACAGAGGCCAGAGGACACUGACACUUAGACAUAUCAUUGGAUGUCAAUUUAGUCAUUUCCAACAAUGCUGAAUGCCCUCUCCGUUGGAAGGAUCCCAUAGAUGUGUAUCUCUGUCUAAUUUCCGACCCUAUACUGACCCGCAUAUUGAUUUGAGUGGCCCACAUGUUACCAAGGGAGGCUGCCAGGUAUGGCUAUUCCAGAGGCUUUGUUUCUAUCACAUUGGACGUUUUCCACGCUUGACGUUUGUGUAGAGUAGUUGAAGUGACCCAGAUGCAAUAUUUCAGAUUAUACAUAAAACAUUCACAUAAUCCUCCAUAAUCUUAUCCAGACCCUUGCUAUAAUUCUCCAUUGUAAAUUAGUUUAAUGCAAAAUCACAGAAGUGCACUUAAUAUCAAUGUUAAGGAGUCCAUCCUUUAGAGUUUGUGGAUUAUGUCAAGGGUUCUAACCAGCUGAGUAAGAGGGUGUAUGUCCUACACACAAUGCUAAUGCAUUUGACUGCAGCAUUGUUAUUUGGUCUCGUAUUAAUGGAUGUUUUAAGAUGUUGAGUUUCAAAGCUUUAAUCACUUUAAUUCUAAUUUGAAUUGUUGAGGCCAUUGAAUGGCUAAACUGAAUUAUCGUAAGUACAGUAGAGAAAAUGGAAACAUGAAUGUAUACUGUACUGCCGGGCUCUCCAACCCUGAUCCUGGAGAGCUACCAUCCUGUAGGUUUUCAAUCCAACCCUAAUAUAGCCCACCUGAUUCUAAUAAUUAGCUAGUCGAUAAGCGGAAUGAGGUUAGUUACAACUAGGUUUGGAGCAAAAACCUACAGGGGGAUAGCUCCCCAGGAACAGAGUUGGAGAGCCCUGCUGUACAGUAUGGUGCAAGGAAGAGAUGUGUGUUUUUGCUUUUAUUAAAUUAGUUUAAGAAUUCCCUUUAUAGUCAUUGUAUUAUGCAACACAAAGCUGUAUCUCAAUGCAAGAUAUUUGGUCUUUUUUUAUAUUUUUGUUUUCUUACUCCAACAAGGACAAUUUUCUUGAUUUGAAAAUGAAUGGGUAUGAUAAUGUGUAUUGCUGUAUUGUAUUGUUAAUGACACCUUUUGAAACCUAAAACACAAAUAAAGGGAAAAUACAAUGUUUUUAAAACGUAA